UGUUCUUCCACUCAGCUCUUCUAUCCUUUUAAACUUGAGACAGCACUGACCAUUCUUCGAUUCUUCUCUCUCUCUCUCUCUUAAGAUCUAUUGCAUCGAUUCUCAAACUUUCUCCCUUUUUUCUCCAGUUCUUCAAGAUUUCUCUUCUACGCAUGCAUAUAUCCGUACUUGCUUAGUAGAUUAUCCCCAUCUCCAGACAAAUUUAGCCAAAAAAAAGAAAAGAAAAAGGAAUCCUGAACACUGUUCAUACCCGAUCUGAAAUUUCUAAUUUUCAAAUACCCAUUACAUAAUUUUAUGUUUGGGUAAAUACCCAUUACAUAGUUUUACUACAUACAAACUUAAUACUUCCCCCCAAAAAAAUUCUCUAACAAUUCAGUUCCAUUCAACUUCCAACUUCUUAGCAAAAUCCCUUUUCUCUCAAUUGGAAAAAGUACCCUUUUUUAUCCCUGGUCUGGGUUCCAAGUUGGGUUCUUUUUUCACUUAUUGAAUUUGUGCCAUUUUAUUGAGUUGGUUGUAUGCGGGGUUUGUUGUGAUUUUGUGAUCGGGGGAAGUUUGACCCAUUUGUUUUCGAUUAUUUGAGUUGCGAAGGCAACCUUUUUGUCAUAGAUUUUGAUCUGUAUCGGUUAACUUUGGACUUGGGCUUGGAAGUUUCAAGUAUUUUAAUUCCCUGUACUGAAAUGCAGCCUGAUCAGCGUAAAAAGGCAUUUGCGGAUGUUGAUUUUUUCACAGAGUAUGGUGAGGGCAACAGGUAUAGAAUCGAGGAAGUAAUUGGUAAAGGAAGCUACGGUGUUGUCUGCUCUGCAUACGAUACUCAUCUUGGAGAAAAAGUAGCAAUUAAGAAGAUUAAUGAUAUUUUUGAACAUGUCUCUGAUGCCACACGCAUUCUUCGCGAGAUAAAGCUUCUUAGACUUCUUCGCCAUCCAGACAUUGUGGAGAUUAAGCAUAUCUUGUUACCUCCUUCCAGAAGGGAAUUCAAAGACAUAUAUGUUGUUUUUGAGCUCAUGGAAUCUGAUUUGCACCAGGUUAUUAAAGCAAAUGAUGAUUUGACACCACAGCACUAUCAGUUCUUUCUUUAUCAGCUUCUUCGAGGUUUAAAGUACAUACACACAGCUAAUGUCUUUCACCGAGAUCUUAAACCCAAAAACAUUUUAGCAAAUGCUGAUUGCAAACUCAAGAUAUGUGACUUUGGUCUUGCAAGAGUGGCCUUUACUGAUACCCCCACUGCUAUAUUUUGGACAGACUAUAUUGCAACAAGGUGGUACAGGGCUCCUGAAUUGUGCGGAUCCUUUUUCUCUAAGUACACACCUGCAAUAGAUAUAUGGAGCAUCGGUUGCAUAUUUGCGGAACUUUUGACUGGAAAGGCUCUAUUUCCUGGGAAAAAUGUGGUCCACCAGUUGGACUUGAUGACUGAUAUGUUGGGUGUUCCAUCUUCUGAAUCUAUAUCCAGGAUCCGAAAUGAGAAAGCUCGUAGAUACUUGAGCAGCAUGCGGAAGAAAAAGCCUAUUCCGUUCUCCCACAAGUUCCCAAACGCAGAUCCCCUUGCACUAUGUUUGCUAGAAAGAAUGCUAGCAUUUGAUCCCAAGGAUCGACCAUCUGCUGAAGAGGCUCUUGCGGAUCCAUAUUUCAAGAACUUGGCCAGGGUUGAUAGAGCGUCUUCUGCUCAACCUGUGACGAAAAUGGAAUUUGAAUUUGAAAGGCGAAGGGUGUCAAAGGAAGAUGUAAGAGAGCUAAUAUAUAGAGAGAUUCUUGAAUACCAUCCUAAGAUGUUGAAAGAGUACUUAGAAGGAGCAGAACCAACAGGUUUCAUGUAUCCAAGCGCUGUUGACCAAUUCAAGAAGCAAUUUGCUUACCUUGAGGAGCACUAUGGAAAGGGCGGAAAUGUUGCUCCACCUGAGAGGCAACACGCAUCAUUACCAAGAUGCAGGCCUGGUGUAUUAUAUUCAGACAAUUCAACACAGAAUUCAGCAGAAGUCGCAAAUGGUCUUUCUAAAUGUAGCAUCAAAGAGGUUGAGAAGCCUCAAAUCAACAGGACUUCUGGGAUCCCCAUGCCAAGAUUGCCUCCCCAAGUUCCCCCUAGUAUCUACGCAGGUGGUGCUGCAAGGCCUGCGAAAGGGGUUAGUGCAGUGUUGCGGUACAACAACUGCGGAUCAGAAGUGCUUGAUCAGAGGAGGACGGCAGCUAGGAAUCCAGCUGUUCCAACUCAAUAUCCGAUUAAUCCUAGCUCUUCUUAUCCAAGAAGAAUCCCUGGUUGCAAAAGUGAGAAAGGAGAAGAUGGAGUUGAAGGAUCCAACGUGCUCCAGCCAAAGCCUCAGUAUAUGGUGGCAAGGAAGGUGGCUGCCGCGCAAGGUGGACUUGAAAGCCGCUGGUAUUGAUCCCUUUGACUUGACUGUUUUUGGGCCAUCUUAACCAAAAACUGCUCAUUUGUCUUUUUUUGAACUUUUUUUCCCAUCUUGGUCGGAAAAAGGGUCGUAAGUAAAAAGUUCUUGAGAAAAGAGAAGGAUAGUACAUUGAAGACAAAAAAGAGACUAUUCCUCAGGUAACUUUUUUUCUCAAAAUCAGUCUAUUGGAAAAGUAAAGGCUAACAACAAAAAAUAUGAAAAUUAAUUGGUGACGGAUGUAAACUUUUCAAAUCACAUGGAGAUUUUUCAUCGGAGCUAGCUUACAAGAACAGAUUGGGAACACUUUAUGUUGGUGAAGGAGAUUAGGAACAGUUUGUAUACUGGUCAAUGACGGAUUUGAAGGAUGUUUCAUGUUAAGAUAUGAGAACACUUUCUGUUGGUGGAGGAGAUUAGGAACAGUUUGUAUACUGGUCAACGGCGGAUUUGAAGGAUCUUACAAGAUACGAAUCAAGAAGAUAUGGAACUGAUAUUCUUUA